CCGUACUACUAUUGAACGGAGAAGGGUUUUCGAGGCGAUACCGGGUCGAGCGAAGGCGCACGUCAAAAUGUAUUCGCAUAUUCUCUCAGGACGCGCGAUGCUCUCUGUUCGAACGAUUUCCCUCGAGUCUAUGUGUCCUUUUUCUACUUACAAGCGUAACAUCAUCAUUCCGCAGCGUUCAUCUCUCUUUGUUUGCACGAUGCGCUCACGAUUCUCGUCACGCGCGUCCUAAACUAGGAGGAAGGCUGCCGAUGGUUCCGAGGCUGAAAUUCUCAUUGGCUGGCGGGCAGCGCCCAAGAGAACGCGAACGGCGCCAUUUGUUUGGACGCGCUACGGAGUCGCUCCGUGUUGAAGGAAGGCUCAGCGAGAGAAAGGAUCGGGGGCCACACGCUCGGAGGAGAACGGCGACUAUGAGCUGAUUCCCGAUUGACGCAUUCACGAGGAUCAUGCUGCGAGGAACGAUCAGCGUCGCUUCGCGAAUCGAUAGGAACGCACAGCCGCCUCGUUCCAACGGCCUUUGAACAUUCGGUGUCUCUGUUCGCCCCGAUCCUGAGGAAACGAAGACGUCGACGAGCGGGCUAGAAUGUCUCUGAGCGCGAGCGCGGAGAAUUUGUCGUCCGAGGGACAAAACAGCGAGAGAUGGAACAUGUGUCUGGAAUUAGCGCUGGAGGGCGAACGCCUGUGCAAAGCCGGCGACUGCAAGUCCGGCGUGGCGUUUUUCCAAGCUGCGAUCCAGGCCGGCACGGACGACCUACGGACGUUGAGCGCGAUCUACAGCCAGCUGGGCAACGCGUACUUUUACCUGGGUGACUACGUCAAGGCGAUGCAAUAUCACAAGUUAGACCUGACGCUGGCCAGAAACAUGGGCGACAAAUUGGGCGAGGCCAAGUCAAGCGGGAACUUGGGCAACACGUUGAAAGUUAUGGGCAAAUUUGACGAGGCCAUGAUAUGCUGCAAGAGGCAUCUGGAGAUAUCCAGAGAGAUCGGAGAUAAGCUUAGCGAAGGGAGAGCCCUUUACAAUCUCGGGAACGUGUAUCACGCCAAGGGUAAGCAGGCGAGUAGGAUAGGCCACCAGGAUCCCGGUGAGUUCUCCGAGGAUGUCCGGCAGUGUUUGCAGCAAGCUGUGCGCUAUUACGAGGACAAUUUAGAGCUGAUGAGGGAACUGGAAGAUUCCGCGGCGCAAGGUAGAGCGUGCGGUAACUUGGGCAAUACGUUUUACUUACUGGGCGACUUCCAACAGGCUAUUUAUUAUCACAAUGAACGCUUAAAGAUCGCCCGGGAGUUCGGCGAUAAACCGGCCGAGAGGAGAGCCAACAGCAAUUUGGGAAACUCGCACAUAUUCCUGGGGGAGUUCGAGAAAGCCGCCCAGCAUUAUAAGAGAACGUUGGUCCUUGCGCAGGAGUUGGGCGACCGGGAAGUGGAGGCGCAGGCGUGUUACUCCCUGGGCAAUACGUACACUCUUCUGCGCGACUACCCGGCGGCCAUCGAGUAUCAUUUGUGGCACUUGGGUAUAGCCCAACAACUGAAGGACCGGGUCGGCGAAGGACGCGCCUGCUGGUCGUUGGGCAACGCGUACGCCGCGAUGGGCAAUCACGAGAAGGCGUUGCAUUAUGCGAAUCUGCAUCUGCACAUCUCGAAGGAGCUGGAAGAUCAAAUGGGCCAGGCCACCGCGCAGAUGAACGUCGACGACCUGCAGAAGAUCCUCGGCCUAGAGAAGAGCCAGCAGGAGAGCAAUAAGGAGAAUCUCAACACGCAGCAGAAAGUCGCCGUGAACGCGGCGUCCAACGUCUCGGCGGCCACGCCGUGCAGAUACCGGCUCAGGCGGCAAAGUAUGGACAACCUGGAUCUCAUAAAGACGAAUGAACAUCCGUUGUUUGAUCAGCUUACGCCCGACACCAAGCAGAAAGAUCAGUCGGAAGACGUGCUGCACAAAGGCGGCAAUGUCGCGUCGCAACCGUCUCAGAAAGAGGAAGACAAUUUCUUCGAUUUGCUGUCUCGGUUUCAGUCGGGCAGAAUGGACGACCAACGGUGUGCGCUCAACACGAAGCACAACCCGAAAUACCGGACGAUCACACCGGAAGAGUCCGAUAUGGAGGAUAAAGACGGGGAAGAUUUGCUAGAAUUAAUUGCCGGAAUGCAAAGCAAACGGAUGGACGAGCAACGAGUGACGUUACCGUAUCUGCCAGGACUGAAUACCAAUCAGGAUGCGGACGACUCCUUUAUCGAGAUGCUUGUCAAAUGCCAGAGUUCCCGUUUAGAGGAUCAACGGAGUCCUCUACCGGCCGCAUCGACGUUGCAAGACGUCGAGGAGGAAAGAGGCCGGAGGACCAACGGAAAUGCUCAAUCGGGCUCCACCGUGCCCGAGGAGGAUCUCUUCGCCCUAAUCCAAAGACUUCAAGCUGGACGAAUGGAGGAUCAAAGGGCUUCCGGUCCCGGCAAGGCGUGCUAGGCCCACAACAGCAGACGGACGACAGUGACUUAAUGAUAAGUCAUCAUGAUACGUUCCAUUCAUUGAAUUCCUUCGCCUUACGUAUUCUCAACUAUAUUGCCGAUUUCUUCACCGGUCGUUCACUCGUCGCGAUGCUAUUUUCUCGAUUACUUAAUAGAAAAUCAAAGGCUGGUAAUAUCUGAACAGUCCCUGUGGCGACGAACGGCUACUACAAUCUGGUUCCUGCUCAGGCGACGAUUCGAUAUACCUGAUUGCAAAAAUCAGUCACGGUGUCAGAAAGGACGAAUACUCUCUCUUUCUCUCAGAUAAUGACAGGGAAGCCGAAAGAAUCAGAACAAUAGUUCCCGACUGGAAUAAUGCAAUUUUUUCGCCAGUUAUCCUAUUAUAAAUAUUCAAGUAUAUUGAAAAAUAUAAGAAACUAUUCUCUUUUCUCAUCCAUCUCUCUCUCUUUCUCUCCCGCUUACUCAGUCUCAAAUAGGAAGAACGUCGAAAAAAACGGGCUGGUUUUUGCAUUCAGGUCUUCGAUUCCGUUCAGAUAAACUUAAUGGUACUUUCACGUAAACUGCUGUAUCCACAACGGAGAACAAUUGAUAUUCUCGUAAUAUUCAGAAAAUUGACACUCAAUAUUCCAAGGUUGACCGAUUACUAGAAGUCAGUCGUUGCAGCACUAAGAUGCUAUAGAUUCUUUAACAAUGAAUCACUCUUUAGUAGCGUAGGACACCGUUACAGUCGCGAUUGGUCCUUAGAGAACAGGAGGGUGAGCGAGUAAGACCUGUCGGAGUCCUCAAAGUUUUGUAGAGGUAUAUACGUAUUUAAGUGGACGUGAUCUCUCUCUCUCUCACACGUUCACAACGAGAUUCUUUGAACCGCGCCUCGCUCGUCCGCCGGUGCUGCGCUACUUAUUCGAACGGUCACUCCGUCACAGAUCUAACCGUGUGCGGGCAGCAGAAGUGAAACAACAUUACACGCAAGUAACUUACAUCUAAGAAAAUAGUAACGUAUGCGGAAAGUGUGCUUACAAGCGAAAAUAUCUUACGGUAGAUCCAAGCGAACGGCUAGAAGUCGAGCGACGCUCGCGUCUGCGGGUAAAGUCCAAGUCUCCGCGCGAAUUCCCUAUAGCGUGGUGCGUUUGCUCAUCGUCUGGCCGCCAGUCGUUCGCUCAGACCCGCUAAGUGACUUAUUAUUCGAGAAUUCAUACGGCGAAAAUUAGCGUAGCAUUUCAGGGCUAGAGCACAUACACACACAUACACAUAGUCGUGCGUAAAGCAUUACGGGACAAUGCGAUAAUGAACAACUUCUUUCAGUUGUCCGUCUAGUAAUAAUAACUGCCGUUAUAGGUAUUUGGCUAUUCGACCGAAUGAAUUACUACUAUUGAGUGAUUUGGUAAAUGUGAGCUACGUUCGAUAAAUAAGUUGUUCGUCAAUCGUAAAGUAAAUCGCGAUUGUUAAGUGAAUAGUGCAAACUCUUGCAGACUGACGACUUCGUGAUUUCUGUGACAUGCCAGUAGUUCUAGCACCGGGAUUAGUAUAUAUUGUAUAUCAAGGACAUCGUAAUAAUCUGUUUCAUGCAGAGCUAUAAUUGCGCGUGCAAAACAUGUUUUACAAACACUGCCAGUUUGAGGAUGUGAAUUCUUUUCAGAGAGUUUGUUCGUAGUAAAACGCUGAAGGCCCCUUAAUAUUUACUUCCACGUUCUCUCACAAGAGCGUACUUUUAUUAUUUUAUACGUAUAUACAUAUAUAUAUAUAUAU